UAAAUAAUUCCAUUUAAUAUUGCUUUUGUUAUACCUGACGGUAGAACUUUAUUGUAAACCUAUACAGGUGGUUUUUAAAUGUACCAAUACUGAUUUACGGCUACAAAGUUACGUGAUAAUAUUUAACUAUGUAACAUUAUUGGGUUUUUCAUUUGUUUUAAGAUGAAAACUUUGUAGAAAACUUUGUAGAAAAAUUGUGUUCAAUACGUCUAUAUAAGUAAUGAAAACAUGUUAUUGUAUAAAAGGUAACAUGUAAGAAAAGUGCGUUAAAUCUAGAAAAUCCUAUUAAAGAAUGUUUCCAUAAUUUGUUAACAGAUUAAAGCUGUAAAGAAUUACAGAGGGAUUAACAGUUUUGGACGCAGUAAGUGAAUAAUAAACAUGUUAAAAAUAUAUUUUGGCUGGAGAAUUACAAUUAAAACGAUCUUUGUGCACGGAACUUAAAAAAACUAGCAAAAUUGAAGAAUUCUAAAAUAUCCAUAUUUGUUCAGUAUUGAUUGACAAACGCACGUGUUAUCAACGCUUUUGUUAUUAUGAAAUUUCCGUGGAAUUUAAAUGCUUUUCUUUAAUGAUGUGGAACUAAAAUGACGAAAGAAUCCAGGUGAAUAUAGCAAUGAGAUUAAGACCCAUGCUGUUAUGUUUUUAACUUCAAGUUAACUUUGUUUACGCUCUUGAACAUCGUGAAAACGACCUCAACUGAAGUUUAAAAAUGAGGCUGUUUAAAGCUCAAAAUUUUUACGGAGAUAUUACAUCACCCCCGCCACCACCUCAUUUCUCCAUUGAUCGUGAGGCGACACGAGUCAUGCCUGUAUACCUCAACCAGUAUCGAGACGGCCGACGACUUCCGACGCCGGAAAAAGUUGCCGUCAUGGAAUUGUCAAACAGCUUUGAGCGCAGACGGCUUGGCAAACAUCAAAGGAUUUUAAAUGACAUAUCUGAAAGGUGCCGAGCUCAGGAAAUCACCGAUUUAAGCAAUAAAUUAUCCGCCAAAAAGACAAUAUGCGAAAUUGAAAGACCAACUAAAGAAAUGACAUUUUAUUCCACAACGUUCAUGGGGUCACAACCGAGAAAAAUAGCCCCGGAUGUUGCCGAAGCUGGUAACGAACCGUCACCUGGGAGCGAUGAUGAAACCCGUCCGUUGUUUGAGAAAAACUAUAAACAAUUUCCAGCAAGACGUAUAAUGCGACAUCAAACGAAGUUCGACUUUUUGAGACAAAAUACCAACUUUCCUAAGAUAACUGCAUCUGCUGUCCAGUCAGCGCCUACAGUAUCAGUGUCCGAUUCUCAAGUGAUGAAUUUGCGAGCCCGACUUGCCCAAAGACAACAAAUAAAUGGUCCUAUACAACUUGACCACUAUACCAGUCCUAGACCGGAUCUUGCACCUCUCGUGUUACCCACUUUAGAACGAUACAAUACGGGAUUUCAAUCAGAGCGAAUCGACAGAUCCGAUAUGUGCUUUUCAACAUCACGACUUACAUUAGGAGCUAGAACUAAAACUCAAUUAACAAUGGAUACAUCCCGAAGUGCCCAAAACCCGUUACAUAGUAUUCCACCAAUGGCUUUGGCAAAUUACGGACAUGAACUUUCACAAUUACAGCUGACGAGUGGGCAUUCCCCACCACCAAACUCUGUUCAUGAAAUAAGCGCCGAUGCGUCCUGAAAUAAAUUCUAAAAUGAAAGAAAGCAGAUGGCGUAUUUCAAUCCCAGCGCUUGGAAAUUAACUUGAUAAAUGGUUCAAUGAAACAGUUUCAAAAUGUAUAUAUACAUUUUAUAUUGUGUCCGUAUAUAUAAACACCUUAAUGGUAAUGUAAUAACUAUACUGUUAGAUGUAAUUGGAUCAUGGGUAUACAGAUUGUUAAAUGUUUCUUAAUGGGGUCUAAAUCAUUUAAACCAUUCGGGAAUCAUUUAACGUAUAAACGUUUUAUUUUUCAUUUUUCAUUGUAAUAUUGACCUUAAUCUUUUUAAAUGUCCAUUAUUAACUUUCUGGAUAUCAAUAAAUAUAUGAUAGCAGUACAGAACCUGAUCAUAUGCGGUUCUAUACACGGGUCAGAGGCUGACCAGUAUGGUCUACAGCAAAUAAAGGAAAAUAGAUGCAGGGACAUGACAUUGUACCGAACAGUUCAGUUCUUGCUGCUGUGAUAUUCCUUACAAUACUAACUUUUAUCUAUUAUAUAUAUAUAUAAUUUGCUGACAAAUUUAUUUGAUUUAGUUAUUGUUUCAUUAUUAUUUACUUCUGUUUCGUAACAUAUAAUUUUAAGUUUUAUUCAUUUUGAAAAUGUAUUGCAUUUUGGGCCAUUUUCAAAACAAUGAUUAUACUACGUGUGAUUUUGUUUGUAAUAUGUUUUAUUCCACAAUGUCCUAUUAAUAGAUGAAUAAGAUUCA